GCUUUCUCUCUCGUUCUCUCUUCUCUCACACCAAAACACGGGAGACUGCGACGUGUUAGCCAACGAGACCCAAUUUUCUCAGUUUUCCCCUCGAAUUGUGUGAAUUUUCCCGGAAAACUAUGACUGGACCUGCAGUAUUCAUCGACCUCUCCCUCGAGGAUCAGGCUCAAGAGCUCCGGAAGUACUUUAAAAGCCUCGGAGCGGAAAUUUCGGAGGAGAAAUCUCCCAAGGGCAUUGAGGAUGACCUGCACAAGAUCAUUGGGGUGUGCGAUGUGUGUUUCAAGGAUGGUGAACCCAGCCAGAUUGACGGAAUCCUCAACAGCAUCGUGUCCAUAAUGGUUUCUAUUCCUCUGGAUCGUGGAGAGAACAUUGUUUUGGCUUUCUGUGAGAAAUUGACUAAGGCUCCGGAGCCAGCUCUGGCCAAAGUUUGCUUGCAGAGUCUGUGGAGGCUCUUCAAUAAUCUUGAGCCAUCUUCGCCCCUGAAGUACCAUGUUUACUACCAUCUGGUUCAGGUGGCUAAGCAAGUGGAUCAGGUGCGGGAAGUGUUCACGGGCGUUGAGAGUCUCCGGACGCAAUUUGCUCAGUGUCCACCGUCGACGGAGCAGCUCCAGAAGCUCUACCGGCUGCUCCAUGAAGUGCUGAAGGACAGCAAUACCGAAUUGGCGGCUAAGGUGAUGAUUGAAUUGCUGGGAACGUACACGGAGGAGAAUGCUUCGUGCGCCCGGGAGGAUGCAAUGAAAUGCAUCGUGACAGCUCUGGCUGAUCCCAAUACAUUCCUCCUGGAUCCUCUGCUCUCUCUCAAACCCGUUCGCUUCCUCGAGGGAGAACUCAUUCACGAUCUCCUCUCCGUCUUUGUCAGCGAGAAACUGCCCAGCUACUUGCAGUUCUACCAGAAUCACAAGGAAUUCGUGACGUCGCAGGGCCUCAAUCACGAGCAGAACAUGAAGAAGAUGCGCCUGCUGUCCUUCAUGAAGCUCGCCGAAACCUAUCCCGAAAUGUCCUUUGAGCUGCUUCAGCGGGAACUCCAGAUCGGAGAGAAUGAAGUUGAACCCUUCAUCAUUGAAGUUCUGAAGACGAAACUGGUCAGAGCACGAAUGGAUCAGGCUGCUCGAAAAGUUCACAUCUCCAGCACAAUGCACCGCACCUUCGGACGAGCUCAGUGGCAGCAGCUGAGAGAUCUUCUGCACUCCUGGAAGAACAAUCUGUCCACAAUCCGGGAGGGCAUCAAUCACAUCGAGCAAGUUCACAAAGCCAAGUAGAAACUCUUAUUUUUCUUCAAUAAAACACCUUUUUUCUGUCUUA